AUGGAGGCCAGAGCUCACAGUGGCAGCGGGUCACAACCCUUUCUGCAGGCACCCCGUGACAGUAGCAGGCAGCGUGGGGAGCCUGACCCUAGAGAGGCCCUCACCCAGCAGGUGCAUGUACUGUCUCUGGAUCAGAUCAGAGCCAUCCGAAACACAAAUGAGUACACCGAGGGGCCUACCGUGGUCCCAAGACCCGGGCUCAAGCCUGCACCUCGCCCCUCCAGUCAGCACAAGCCCGAGCGACUCCAUGGGCUUCCCGAGCACCGCCAGCCAGCCAGGCUACAACACCCACAGGUCCACUCCUCCGCCAGAGCCCCCCUGACCAGGUCCAUCAGCACAGUCAGCUCAGGGUCGAGGAGCAGUACGAGGACAAGUACCAGCAGCAACUCCUCUGAACAGAGACUGUUAGGAUCGUCUUUUUCCUCGGGACCCAUUGCUGAUGGAAUAAUCCGGGUGCAGCCAAAAUCUGAGCUCAAGCCAGGCGAGCUUAAGCCCCUGAGCAAGGACGAUCUGGGUUUGCAUGCCUACCGAUGUGAGGACUGUGGCAAGUGCAAGUGUAAAGAGUGCACCUAUCCGAGGCCUCUGCCUUCGGACUGGAUCUGUGACAAGCAGUGCCUUUGCUCGGCCCAGAAUGUCAUUGACUAUGGGACUUGUGUGUGCUGCGUGAAAGGCCUCUUCUAUCACUGUUCUAAUGAUGACGAGGACAACUGUGCCGACAACCCAUGCUCCUGCAGCCAGUCUCACUGUUGUACACGGUGGUCGGCCAUGGGCGUCAUGUCCCUCUUUCUGCCUUGCUUAUGGUGUUACCUUCCAGCCAAGGGUUGCCUUAAAUUGUGCCAGGGGUGUUAUGACCGUGUUAAUAGGCCCGGAUGUCGUUGUAAAAACUCAAACACAGUUUGCUGCAAAGUUCCCACCGUCCCACCCAGGAACUUUGAAAAACCAACAUAG